UUCUCCGCCUCUUGGGUUCCAAAUGGAAGCCCUUGAACCGGGCCAGCAGCCACCCAAAAACCAGGCUGCAGGCACCGAAGAACAAGGCCCUCUGGGGACCAAGUUGACAUCUGGGUUUGCAACAGGAUCUGGAUUCGGUAUCUCUGUUCCAAGGCCUGUGGUGCUGGAGAGUUUUCUUUUCAGGUGGCUGGAGGAGUCUUCCAGUGAGCUUCCUAAGGGUUCCUCCCUUAAGAUAAAAGCUGCUGUUGCUCAGACCUCCGUCCCGUUGUCUUAGGCAGAGGGAGAGGGCCAGGGAGCGAGGACAAGGGCAGGACUUCCCAGCUCCUUCAAGCCAACUUGAAGCAAAAGAGGCUAAGCUGUCCCUGCUCUCCGUAGCAGAGCACAAGGACUCUUUGAGGCGCCUAUGAAGAACACCGGGAAACCAGAGUCGGGGGGCUCCUCUCUGUCCGGCAAUGAACGGGGGGCCUCGGAGGAGGUUGUGGAAGAGAUGUGCCUGGACCUCCCCACCCGCGAAGCCAGCAGCAUCCCUCCGGUGCGUCCACCGAAGAAGACAUCCUACAGCCUGGAGCUCUUCCGCACCAGGAGGAAUAUCCGCUGGUUCCAGAUCCCCUUGUCCUCUUUAAGGAAGCCCAAAGCCGGUCUGUUCAGCUUCACCUUUCAGUCCAGCCUGCAAGAGUACCAGCAGCUUCGGAAGGCCAAGAGGCUGAAGGUCGGCCAGCCGUUUUCCAUCCUACCUCUCCCCAGAUUGCCCGCAUUGCUCACGGACAGCUCUCAGAGAGCAUCCCACAAGCGGCGUGACAAUCGCAGACCCUCGGGAGCUGGAGAAGCAAAAGGCAGCAAAAGGCUUUCAUCUCAUAGAGAAGAACCUCAGACGUUUUCUCAACGAAUGCACAAGAGGCAUCGGACAUGCAGUUCAUCCGCUCGCUCUUCACAGAGGCGUGUCUCCCAUCCCAAAACCCUUGGUCAGCUGCAGGGCGAGGAACCUGGUAGCAGCUGCAGCAAGAAGCAGGAGCAGGUAGACCCUGGACGCUUUGAGCAGGACCUGCAUUUUGAUGCUCCUGGCCCCUCUCGUUCCUCGUCCUGCAGCAGCUGGCCCCUAGCAGAGGCCGCCGGAGGCGACAGUGGCUUCGGGAGGUGGGUCGGUGCCUCCUCUCCGCUGGAAGAAGAGGACUACGAAUUUCCUCCAGACUGGAGCCCACCACGGAUAGAAUUCCUGUAUGAUAGGGGUCCACCUCCUCUGAGCCCUGCCCCAGGGCCUGACCCCGAGUCUCCAAGCUCCAGAGAGAUGGCAGAGGUCUCCACCUGGCCAGCUGAACCUCCAGUGCUGGAGCUCACCGCCGAAGCUUUCUCACCAGCAGGAGGAGGGCACGUGCAUUCCUGGGGAGGACCCUUCAUCCAGCCACGCAAGGAGUGUGAAAGUAGAGGGCGGGCAAGUCUGGAACAUCCUGUGUCAGUCUUUUGUCAAGCGGUAAAUGAGGAGCGAGAAGGAGCCACCCUGGGGAAUGAAAUCCAAAUGGAGGACGGGAAGGCCUUUGGUGUUGGAGAACAUCCACCGUUACUGUCUCCCAUUCAUCCACGGGCAGCGUCAUCCCCUGUCUGCCUUAGAAGCGGCCUCUCAACGGUCUCUGUUGAGUUUUCUAGAGAUCUGGAGAGCCCAAACUCUGAGUCAGAGGAGGAAGGAGACCAGGGGCCAGAGUCUCCCGCUUCAUCGAUCCCCACCCAUCUCCUGAUAGCAUCGUCCAGGACGUCCUCCAGAUGCAGCCUCUCGGCAUCCUCCAACGAGCUCUCUGAGGGCCCCGAGGGGCUGACCCAGGAUGCGGCCAUGGAAGAGGGUCCUGAUGACAGCGGCCUCCUGCCCCUCAAACAGCUCCUGCAGAUGAGCAGCAUGGAUCUCGGGGCUGUGGAACCCCACACCAGGUUCCUCCCUUCACGUUCCGAUGGUUAUCUCCGCAGCCUCGAUCAGCUCCUGGAGGAGAGAAGGAAGCAAACCUGGGAGGACGAACAGCUGGAGAGAAACCUGGGGGAGAAGCUGUCGCUCCUCAGCCCACUCAGUUCAGGGGAAGUGCCUGGACAAGGGGAAGCGCCCCUUCCUGAAGCUCACAGAUUGAUCCUUGAACAGUUUUCCAUCCCUCGUGACACAAUCCCAGCGGUGCACCCUGGUGAAAACAUUUUUGGGCCGCCCGGCUACGACCCGAGGACUCCCGUGGCCCUGGACGCUUCUGGAUUGAAGCCACGGAAUCAGCUGGAGCACCUUUUCUUCAGCUCCCAGUUUGCCCGCCAGGUGAAGCUCCUCCAGGAUGGCUUCCUUCGUACCCUCUAUUGUGGCUCCUUCUGCUGCCCUCGCCCCGUCCUGUCUUGGCUCUUCCAGCUGAUGUCUCUGAGCCCGGAUAUUUCGGCAGAUGCUUUCCAAGCCCUCUGGGAAAUCAGCGUUCAUCAGCUCACUUCAGCGGAUAAGAGCAACACAGAUUUUUGGUGCCCGGACCUGAAAGACAUCAUCCAAGCCUUCUAUCAUUUUGGAGCCUGUUCCUCCACUUUGUUUCCCGCUGGGCUGGUUCAGCCAGAAUUUAGAUCUGAAGAACUGGAGUUUCAGGAGCACCCUUUUCGAUCUGCCGGCAUCGACCAAGAGGGUCCCCUUCAAAACACUCCUUGCCGGCUCAUCUUGGCAGUGAUGUUGAGACGUAUAUUUAAGUUCCUGACAUUGUGCCUGAUCGCCCAUCCGCCCUGCUACCCCGACCAGCAGCGCUUGGCUCUUGCAGCUCUCCUCUGCCGGAUCAGCCUGGACCGGAAACUACGGAAACAGCCCCAGGUGGAGUGCCAGCUGCUGCUGGUGAUCCUGAUUGAAGGCAUCCAGGACUGGCAGGAAAAGCUGCCAGGAUUCUGCAGGUCCCUUUGCCACGUCUCUCAGCAUCAUCACAACUUGGUCGCUGUUGUGCGCUCCUUUCCUGACACCACAGCCAGAGGACGGCAGCUGCGGAAAAACCUGAGCCUGUGUUUCAUUGCAAAGCUGUUGGGAAAGACACAAAUGGCCGCGAGGCGCUGGCAAGAAGAAACCCAGUUGCAACAGCUGAGCUGUCUCCUCCCUCUGAUGAAGCCCAACUCUUUGAAGCGAUUCCUGCUGUGCGAAUGGGGGCUUCAGAAGCCUCCUGGGGAAAACCAUCAGGAAGCACCACCCACUGAACCAGACCUGGAGGCUUGCUACCUGUGCUACAGCCUCCUGCUAUUGGCCAACGUGGUGGUGGGAACCAAGGCACUGCCUUCAAGAGAGCACGGGUGCCUCCGUCAGCUCUGCGCCCAGCUGCAGCAGCACAUUGGCGCCAACCUCCGGGAGGACCCCUGCCUCAUGUACCGGACGAGGCUCAAGGAUCUGGUGGCCCGGACCUACAUCAAGUGGCUGGAACUGCCGUCCCAGGGCUAGCGGCGGACCUGUCCUUGGGUCAGAGUAAAAAACAUCUGAUCGGACAUAUCCUAGAACCCCUGGAGUGUGCCAGAAGGAAGAGCAGCAAGGAGACGAGGAAAGCAAGCGGUUUGGUGGAGUGAGGGGGGAAGGGGGGGCAGGAAAAAGCUCAGUCCUUCUACCCCUCCCACCCUUCUUCUUUCAUCCUUCAUCUCUAUAAGCAACAGCAUUUCAACUUCAGCAUUUUAACGUUGGGUUUCCAAUUCUUCUGUUUUUGAAAGGAGCAAAGUUCUUCCAGGGGUUAAGCCAACAACGUUUGCCAUUUAUUUAGACAACCUUGUGCCUUUUAAGAAGCCUGCUUUCAAAGCAAACACUCCGGGAAGGGAAUAUCCACCCCUCCCUGCCCAGACCAA